AUGGAGGCUCUUGAAGUUGAUGACAUUAGCCCUGCCUUGGAAGUGACUGAAGACUUUUUCAACAGUUUUGAUACUAAGCUUGAAAAGAUUGUGCAGCCGUCUGAGGUAUAUGGUGUUCAGGAGGUCCCUGAACUGGUUGGGCAGGAGGUAUUUAAUCAGAUAACAGAGAGCAGGAAUCUGAGGAAUGUCACCUCCUUAGCCAAAAGUAGCCUCAUCUGGGAUCACUGCAAAAAUGGCCUUUUGGAAACCAAAGCUCAGACAGCAUUCCCUGCCAAAGACCAACGUGUGGUGCAGAGGGGAACAGCUGCUGACAACCUUGCUUGGGCAGGGGAAGGGGAGACCACAGCUUUUAACAUCUUCAGAAUCUGCCAGCGGAGGAGAGACAGGCCUCGGUCAGUGAAUGACAUCCUGGUGCAGAAUGAGGAAGCCUCCAGGUUCAAACAAGGACACAACAGGUCCCGCUCCGAUAUCACCCAUGUAAAUUGGGGAGUGGUCUUCACAGGCACCUCCCUGCAGCAGCCAGCUGCACCUGGUCAGGACAAUAACUGCACUCUGCUCUCUUACCUGGCCUUAGCCAAGGGAGAGGACAUUCAAGGAAACACAGAACACAAGCCAGUGUUCCCAAAUAUUCUGAAGAAGGGAUACUUAGAAGUUAAAAGAGACGACAGCUACUGGCAAACCUGCUACACUGAGCUCUCCCCAUACAAACUGUACCUGUAUUGCUUGGACAGCAGUGGCAGCCAGACUCUUCCCACUGUGUAUCCACUCAUGCGUUUUCAAAGGGUCACUGUUACUGGUGGCAUUGAAACCAAGGUUGUGGACACUGUCCUGACAGAUAGCUCACACCUGCAGCUGAAGGCAGAGUCCUCAUGGGAGACUUUGGACUGGGGAAAGAAACUCUGGGAAGCAGUGCAUGUUUCUGUGCCUGCUUUCACAAGACAACAGGAGAAACUGGAGAAUGUGCCAAAGCCUGAAAACAACAGUGAGCUUCCUCAAACCAAUGGAUUAUUAGAGAAGCCUAUGGAGCUGUUCCUAUCCGUGAAUUUGACUGAAAACACUAAAGAGUACCAAAAUACUCUCAAAUCAGGGACUCUUUAUAGGUUAACUGUCCAGAAUAACUGGAAGGCAUUUACUUUUGUCUUGAACAAGUCUUACCUCAUGGCAUUCCAACCGGGUAGGCUUGAUGAAGAUCCUCUGCUGAGCUACAAUGUCGAUGUGUGCCUAUCGGUGCAGACAGAUACUCAGGAUGACUGUGACUCUUGCUUUCAGGUCAUUUUUCCCCAAGAUGUCCUGCGCCUGCGUGCAGAGACCCGUCAGAGGGCCCAGGAGUGGAUGGAGGCACUGAAAGCAGCAGCCAAUGCUACUAGAAGUUUAACUCAGAACCCACAGGUCACGCUUAGGAACAAACCCGGAGACCGACCCUUUGGAAAUGAUCUUAGAAAGAGCAAGCGCCAGUCUGUGACCACCAGCUUCCUGAGCAUCCUGACCACACUUUCACUAGAGAGAGGGCUCACAGUUCAAAGCUUCAAGUGUGCAGGCUGUCAGCGCUCCAUAGGUUUGUCCAAUGGGAAAGCCAAGGUGUGCAGCUACAGUGGAUGGUAUUACUGCAGCACCUGCCAUGUGGAUGACAGCUUCCUCAUCCCUGCACGGCUGGUUCAUAACUGGGACACUUCCAAAUACAAG